AAUACCUAAUUUAUUUUCUUCCCUAACAAUCAACUAUCUCUAAUGAUGAGGGAUUUUCAUAAUCUCCUUUCAUUAAAAAAGGUGUAAAAUCUUUCCAAAAGCAAAAAACAAUGGCAACAAGGUCAAGGGACACUGCUCCUCCUGGAAAGGAGAAGAGAGGGACAUCUCCAUCUCCAAUACAUAACCAGAGAAGCACCACCAACACAUCAAAGACAACUUCUCCUGUCCGAAAACAAGCUGAUCCAACAACUACCUUAAACAAUAACAUUCCCAGCUACCUCAAACCAACAAUUGCUCAAUCCAAGAAGUCUGCUUCCUCAAGUGACCUUCACAACAUUCACAAUAAUAAUAACAAAUCUUCUCUUCUAACUCGAAGAAGAUCAUUUGAUAAUAAGCCUCCACUUCCUUCUUCCUCCCCAAAAACUCGAAUUUCCCCUAAUCCUAGGGAGAGAAUUCCUCGUUCAUCGUCAUCUUUAUCGUCCAAGACUUCCACUUCACAGAAACCCCUUUUGGAUAAAUUCUCGAAAACUAGCAAGGAUGCCAUUGGGAAACAACGUAGCGCUGGCCUAAAUUCUAGGCCAGUGACCAAAAAGAAGACGAUCAUGACCACAACCACGAUAAGGAAACAUGAUAGUACUAAUGGUUCAAAUACAAAAGCAUCAAUAAUAACAAAUUCUCAAGGUGAACAGUCAGAGCCAGAAGAAGUUCAUGAAGAAGUAACAAUCCAUGAGAGCGCAAAGGAAAUGAUCAUGAGUGAUAGCGAAAUGGCUUCUAAUUCUGAUGCAGGGGACAAUGAUUCAGCCAUGGAUGAUCAUGAAGAGAAUAAUGGAAAUAUAAACAAUGCUGAAUUGGAGGAUAUCAAGGCUGCAGCUGAAUCAUCAACUUUAGUUGAGGAAGAGCAAGAAUUCAUAUAUGAAGAAGCAGAAGAUAAAAAAGUACAAGUUGAAGAACAAGAAAAAAUCAGAAAUGAGCCUAAUAAACAUGAUUCAACAGAGAAGGAAAAGGAAGAAAUGGUUAUAAAUACAUCAUCAGAGGAGAAUCAAGAAUUGAAAGAGGAAGAUGAAGGAAAAGAAACUCCUAUGGUAGAAGAAACUGAAGCAGUGCAAGAAGAAGAAUUAUGCCAAAAUCCCAAGCAAGUUGAAGUUGACAUUGAAGAAACUGAAGCAGUGCCGGAGAAAAAAACGACAGUGGCAUCAUCAAAAUCUCAACUUCAAGUGGUGCAAGGCAAGAAUAAGGAAUCUGUGGUUUCAAAUAAUGUGAUUGAAGAGACUGCAAGCAAACUUAGGGAGCAAAGGAAGAACAAAGUAAGAGCAUUGGCUGGUGCCUUUGAAACUGUCAUCUCCUUGCAAGAACCAAAAUGAGUAUUUCUAUUAUUAAGCUUGGGAAUCAUCCCUUGUUGUGUGCUUAUAGUUUUCGGAAUUAUGUACUUUAAAUUCUUUAAGUGGGAAUUGUAGUAUUUAUUUUCAUACAUAAUGUGAAAAG